CUUAAAUCCCCAGGCUUGGCCACGCUUUGAAGUUAAUCCACCUGGUCUCAUUUCCUCGAUCUCCGGCGCCGGCGGCGAAGUGCAUGCCACCGCCGCCGCCAGAGAUGGAUCAGGUGCUCAAGGUGGGAGGCGGCGAGGACGGGCAGCCGCGGCGCACGGGGACCAUGUGGACGGCGAGCGCGCACAUCAUCACGGCGGUGAUCGGGUCCGGGGUGCUGUCGUUGGCGUGGGGGGUGGCGCAGCUGGGGUGGGUGGGCGGCCCCGCCGUGAUGGUGCUGUUCGGCGCCGUCAUCUACUGCUGCUCCGUGCUCCUCGUCGAGUGCUACCGGUCCGGCGACCCGGCCACCGGCCCGCGCAACCGGACCUACAUGGACGCCGUCCGCGCCAGCCUCGGCGGGUUCAAGGUGAGGCUCUGCGGCGUGCUGCAGUUCGCCAACUUCUUCGGCGUCUGCGUCGGCAUCACCAUCGCCUCCUCCGUCAGCAUGCUGGCGGUCAGGAGGGCGGGGUGCUUCCACGUGAGAGGGCACGACCAGAGGGAGGCGUGCGGCGGCUCGAGCCGGCCGUACAUGCUCAUCUACGGCGGGUUGCAGGUCGUGUUCUCGCAGAUCCCCGACAUCCACGACAUGUCGUGGCUCUCCACCCUCGCCUCCAUCAUGUCGCUGUCCUACUCCGCCAUUGGCAUCGCCCUCGGCGUCGCGCAGAUCGUAGCGAACGGGGAAGUCAGGGGCACCCUCACGGGCGUCUUCGUCGGCGCCGGCGCCGGCGUCACCUCGAUGCAGAAGGUUUGGCGUAGCUUCCAGGCCUUCGGGAACAUCGCUUUUGCAUACGGCUUCUCGUUCAUCCUCCUCGAGAUCCAGGACACGGUGAAGGCGGUGCCGCCGCCGUCGACGGAGACGAAGGUGAUGAGGAAGGCGGUGGCGGUGAGCGUGGCCACGACGACAGUGGUCUACCUGAUGUGCGGGUGCGUGGGGUACGCGGCGUUCGGCAGCGAGUCGCCGGACAACCUCCUCACGGGCUUCGGGUUCUUCGAGCCCUUCUGGCUGCUCGACCUGGCCAACGCCGGCGUCGUGGUGCACCUCGUCGGCACGUACCAGGUGGUGGCGCAGCCGGUCUUCGCCUUCCUCGACCGGCGCGCCGCCGCCGCCGCGUGGCCGGGGAGCACGGCGCUCGGCCGGAAGCGGGUGGUGCGCGUGGGCUCCCUGUCGCUCACGGUGAGCCCGUUCCGGCUGGUGUGGCGGACGGCGUUCGUGUGCGUGACCACCGCGGCGUCCACGCUGCUGCCGUUCUUCGGCUCCAUGGUGGGGCUCAUCGGGGCGGCCUCGUUCUGGCCGCUCACCGUCUACUUCCCCGUCGAGAUGUUCAUCGCGCAGCGCCGGGUGCCGCGGGGGAGCGCGCAGUGGGUGUCGCUCCAGGCGCUCAGCGCCGGGUGCCUCGUCGUGUCCGUCGCCGCCUCGGCCGGCUCCAUCGCCGGCGUCGUGGAGGCGUUCAAGGCGCACAACCCGCUCUGCUGGACGUGCUGAUGGUUCAUUCAAAUUGAACGCGAGCGCUAACUUGGAGCAAAUCCUGUACUCCCCUUUUGAAAUAAUUGACACUAGCACUAU